CCAAUGCAUAAGUAUAUAUAAACAGAAAACUUGCAUAUUCUUCGUACAUUUGCCAUACAAGUUUUAUGUGGUGCCAGUCAAAUAAGAUGACUACUAAAGUAUCAGUAAUUUUGUUUUUGUGCUUAAUAAUAUGGAAGGAAAACGCCGUUGAAGCAAAUAAGAAUUUACCAGGUAAUCUGAUAACCUAUGGGGACAGUCAGUACUAUAUUGAUGAUAAAUUUAAUCAUUGUUGGUGGGAGGCAUGGAGACAUUGCAAAUCUCUUAACAUGGAUCUCGUUAGUAUUGAAACACAGGCAGAAAAUAACUUUCUUUACCAAAAGUUGAAGGAACGAUAUGGUAACGGACCCGAAUAUUCGUUUUGGACUGCUGGAGCCAAAGAAGGGAACGGAUGGGUAUGGAAAAAUACAAAUGGUUUUGUCAACUACUUCAACUGGGCACCCGGUCAACCAGACAACGCUGGUCUAACCCGUAUAGAAAUGAGAUAUAAUUGGGCAGCUGGACUUCGCUGGUACGUGAGGCAUGAGCAUUUUAUAGGCUUGCAUGCAGUCUGUGAAAUAGGUUUGUGAUGUGGAUUGGUAAACUGGUUUCAUACACCGUUGGUGCUGCUUGCAAUGUUACGACUUCAGUCCCUACAUUGUUAUAUUGAUAAUAAAUGAGAUGUCUUCAUUUU